CCUCCGAGGAAACUUUCCGCCGGCUGGUCCAUCGGCCCGUGUCCGUGUCCGGCCCGCGCUGCCACGGCCUGGAAGCCGAGCCGAGCGGGCGGGGCGGCCGGGCCCGGGUGUGUGCGACCGCUGGAGGCGCUGGGGCCGGUCCGUGGGGAAACGGGGCGCUGACGGCUGACAGGGGAGCUGUCCCCCCCGAGCAGCAUGGAUGCCCCCAGAAGAGACAUGGAGUUGCUCAGCAACAGCCUGGCGGCCUACGCACACAUCCGCGCUAACCCCGAGAGCUUUGGUCUCUACUUCGUGCUGGGCGUCUGCUUUGGCCUGCUGCUAACCCUGUGCCUGGUAGUCAUCAGCAUCUCCUGCGCGCCCCGCCCGCGGCCCCGGGUCCCCGCGCGGCGCCGGGACCCCCGCAGCACCCUGGAGGCGGAGGACGAAGAGGAGGACGAAGAGGACACGGUGACGCGCCUGGGCCAAGACGACACGCUGCCCGGCCCUGAGCUGUCCACGGAGCCCGAUGGGCCCCUGAGCGUUAACGUCUUCACGUCGGCAGAGGAGCUGGAGCGGGCGCAGCGCCUGGAGGAACGGGAGCGGAUUUUGCGAGAGAUCUGGCGCACGGGGCAGCCGGACCUGCUGGGCACCGGCACGCUGGGACCCGGCCCCACGGCCACGGGCACCCUGGGCCGCAUGCACUAUUACUGACCGGGCCUCGUUCCCACUGCAGGGCGCUCUAGGUACUGGACGUGCACCCAAGCUCGUAGCAGCCCAGGUGCUAAGUCGGCCCCGCCCCCACAGCUCCCACGGUGCUACUGGGCGUGCAUCCCCACACUCUGGGAGGCGCCCUUCCCCAGUCCUGCCCGAAGGCCCUGGGGGGAGGGCAGGACACAGGGUCCCCAUCCCCGCUCCAGGGGACAGUUAAGAGGUGAAGUGACCAAUG